AUGGAGAGGAUGGAAGCCGUGUACCAUGAGAAGGCGGUGGAGAAAGGUAGUUUGGUGAUCUCGGCUUGUGGGUUUGAUUGGAUUCCGGCAGAAAUAGGGUUGAUGUUCAAUUCCAGGCAGUGGGUUUCACCGACAGCUCCCAAUCGGGUUGAAGCCUACCUGUCCCUUGAAUCGGAUAAAAAUAUAACAGAAGAAGAAGUUGAAAAACUCAAAGUAGAGAUCCAAAGACUCGGCAGUAAGCAAGACGAUGGCUCUUACAAGGGCUUCGAUCUAUAUAAUGAGCUGAAAUUGGCCAUGUUUAAAACCUUGAGAUUUAACAAUCUGCCAAUGGAUAUAAGAUCUCGAGCAGCCGAGUGCCUGGUGACAUUUGGUCUGCUCUUCCACGAUGAUAGAUAUGCAAACAUAUUUGAAGCAUUGGUUGGGACAUUGAGAGCAGCGAAGAGGCGUAAAUUAUUGACAUAUGAUGGUGAAUUACUUCUUCAAGGUGUUCAUGAUAAUGUUGAAAUUGUUCUCAAACCCACUCCCACUCCCACAACAGCAGUAUAAAAGAUAAAAUCAUUAUUUUAUCUUGUAAUUGUUCAUGAUUAUGACUAUGUUUUUUUAGAUACAAAGAUCAAUAGGUAAGCUUUGAGUUUCAAUCAUUAAUGAUUAUAACAUUUCAUCGAUGAUUAUAACAUUUGUUGUAGGUUUUGGAUGCUCUGCAGAAGAGAAAAACACCAAUUUCACAUACAGACAAUUUUUGA